CAGCCCAGACGCGGCACAGAGAGGGCUCGGGAGCUUGCGGCAGCUUCAGCCACACCCACUCGCCCGGGUCUAUGGCCACGGCCGGAGAGUGGUCCUGUGCGCGCUGCACCUUCCUGAACCCGGCCGGCCAGCGCCAGUGCUCCAUCUGCGAGGCCCCCCGGCACAAGCCCGACCUCAACCACAUCCUGCGGCUCAGCGUGGAGGAGCAGAAAUGGCCCUGUGCCCGCUGCACCUUCCGCAACUUCCUGGGCAAGGAGGCCUGCGAGGUGUGUGGCUUCACCCCAGAGCCUGCACCUGGAGCUGCCCUCCUGCCAGUCCUCAACGGAGUCCUCCCCAAGCCACCCGCCAUCCUUGGGGAGCCCAAGGGCAACUGCCAGGAGGAAGCAGGUCCAGUGAGGACUGCGGGGCUGGUGGCCACGGAGCCCGCCAGGGGGCAACACAAGGACAAGGACGAGGAGGAGCAGGAGGAACAGGAGGAGGAGGAGGGGACGGCGGAGCCCAGAGGGGGCUGGGCCUGCCCGCGUUGCACGCUGCACAACACACCCGUGGCCAGCUCCUGCUCCGUCUGUGGGGGCCCACGCAGGCUCUCGCUGCCACGGAUCCCUCCUGAAGCCCUGGUGGUCCCGGAAGUGGUGGCCCCGGCCGGCUUCCACGUUGUGCCUGCCGCGCCUCCACCUGGACUCCCUGCGGAAGGCGCCGAGGCCAACCCCCCAGCCACCAGCCAGGGUCCAGCUGCUGAGCCAGAGCCGCCCAGGGUCCCGCCCUUCAGCCCCUUCUCGUCCACCCUGCAGAACAACCCCGUGCCACGCAGCCGACGCGAGGUUCCCCCCCAGCUGCAGCCGCCGGUGCCUGAGGCUGCCCAGCCAUCACCCUCUGCCGGCUGCAGGGGACCCCCCCAGGGCUCGGGCUGGGCUGCGGCCGCCCGCCUAGCAGAGUUGCUGUCUGGCAGGCGGCUGAGUGUGCUGGAGGAAGAGGCCAUGGAGGGCGGCUCCAGCCGCGUAGAGGCCAGCAGCUCCACCUCGGGCAGCGACGUCAUCGACCUGGCCGGAGACACCGUGCGUUACACGCCCGCCAGCCCCUCCAGCCCCGACUUCACCACCUGGUCGUGUGCCAAGUGCACGCUCAGGAACCCCACGGCGGCCCCCAGGUGCUCGGCCUGUGGCUGCUCCAAACUACACGGCUUCCAAGAGCAUGGCGAGCCCCCCACCCACUGCCCCGACUGCGGGGCGGACAAGCCCGGCCCCUGUGGCAGAGGCUGUGGACGGGUCUCCUCGACCCAGAAGGCCACCCGCGUGCUGCCCGAGCGCCCGGGCCAGUGGGCCUGCCCUGCCUGUACCCUGCUCAACGCACCACGGGCCAAGCACUGCGCUGCCUGCCACACGCCUCAGCUCCUGGUGACCCAGCGGCGGGGGGCCGCACCCCUGAGGCGCAGGGAGAGCAUGCACGUGGAGCAGCGGCGGCAGACAGAUGAGGGCGAGGCCAAGGCGCUCUGGGAGAACAUCGUGGCCUUCUGCCGGGAGGUGAGGUUCCUCAUGGGUGCCUCCUGUGGCGGGGGCAACAUGAAGGUGGACGAUUCGGCCUACGAGAGCCUGGGCCUGCGCCCCCGCCAUGCCUACUCCGUCCUGGAUGUUCGAGAUGUCCAGGGCACCAGGCUUCUGCGGCUCCGAAACCCAUGGGGCCGUUUCUCCUGGAAUGGCAGCUGGUCUGACGAGUGGCCGCACUGGCCGGGGCACCUGCGUGGCGAGCUCAUGCCACACGGCAGCAGUGAGGGCGUCUUCUGGAUGGAGUAUGGCGACUUUGUCAGGUACUUCGACUCUGUGGACAUCUGUAAGGUGCACUCGGAUUGGCAGGAGGCGCGGGUGCAGGGCUGCUUUCCCAGCUCGGCCAGCGCGCCCGUGGGGGUGACAGCGCUCACGGUGCUGGAGCGGGCCUCGCUGGAGUUCGCACUCUUCCAGGAGGGCAGCAGGCGCUCGGACGCAGUGGACAGCCACCUGCUGGACCUGUGCAUCCUGGUGUUCCGGGCCACGUUCGGCAGCGGUGGCCACCUCAGCCUGGGCCGCCUCCUGGCCCACAGUAAGCGCGCGGUCAAGAAGUUUGUCAGCUGCGACGUCAUGCUGGAGCCUGGAGAGUACGCUGUGGUGUGCUGCGCCUUCAACCACUGGGGGCCGCCCCCACCGGGCGCCCCUGCCCCCCAGGCCUCCAGCCCCUCGGCAGGGGUCCCAAGAGCCUCCCCAGAGCCGCCGGGCCACGUGCUGGCUGUGUACAGCUCCAGGCUGGUCAUGGUGGAGCCUGUGGAAGCUCAGCCCACCACGCUGGCUGACGCCAUCAUCCUGCUCACCGAGAGCCGCGGAGAGCGGCACGAGGGCCGUGAGGGCAUGACCUGCUACUACCUGACACAUGGCUGGGCAGGGCUCAUUGUGGUGGUGGAGAAUCGGCACCCCAAGGCCUACCUGCACGUGCAGUGUGACUGUACCGACAGCUUCAACGUGGUGUCCACGCGCGGCAGCCUGCGCACCCAGGAUAGCGUGCCACCCCUGCACAGGCAGGUCCUGGUGAUCCUAUCCCAGCUGGAGGGCAACGCGGGCUUCUCCAUCACCCACCGCCUGGCACAUCGCAAGGCAGCCCAGGCCUUUCUCAGUGACUGGACAGCCUCCAAGGGGACCCACAGCCCCCCACUCACGCCAGAGGUCGCCGGUCUGCAUGGGCCCCGGCCGUUGUGACCACGAUGCCCGGGGCAGGGGCUGUGCGCAGACGGACCCCCACCCCCUACACGCACUUUAUGAGGGAGACCCCGACAGAGGACGCUUGAACCAGAAUCUCAGGACCCUGCCCAGGGAGCUGCCAGCCCAGUGUGCAGCUUCCCAUGGGCCUCCCGCCCCCUCCCUCCCCUCCCUGAGCACCCACAGCCCGCCUGGCCAGGCCUCCCGGCCACCACGCAGAAUACCUCGAACCAGACGGGCUGUGAGCCAGCCCCACUCACCUGCCAGCCCCAACACCCGACGGGGGGCCGAGGCCAGGCUGCCCCUCCCUGUGGGCUCAGAGUCUCCUGUGGGGGAGGCAGCCAAGAGCUCUGUCCACAAAACCAAAUCUGGGUGUCAGAGGCCAAGACCCCAGGGUGGGAUCAGGGACCACUCCUCACGGGGCAUAAUAUCAGUUUUCCCCCAGAGCCCGGGUCCCUGUUCCCCACGGGGCAAGCGGGGUCCCUGGAGCCCUGGUGUGGAGCGGAAAGUCCCAGGGCGGUCCCUGUCUCAGAAGGAGGGGCCCUUGGCCAGCCACCCCCCAGCGACACUAUGCAAUUGCGCCCGCCAGGAUCGAAGCCAUGACUGGGUGCAGGCGGGCGCCAGGCCCGCUGUGGGUGGGCACCAGUUCUCAGCACCGCUCACUGCUGCCGGGCAGGCCAGGACCAGCAGGCUCCUCAGCCAACCCUGUCCCUCAGCCCGGCCCUGCCACAGAGAGGGACCCCAGCCCAUCGUGGACGUUGGCAGGGCUCAGCCGCUCCCACCUCCCCACAGAAGCCCAGGAGUGUGUGGUCGUCUGAGUCCAGCUUCCUGCGUCCCCACCCGGCCCUCCUGGCCCCUCACCCCCAGGCAGCGAGCCAGCCCCACCCCCACUACCCCUCGUACCCUGGCAGGGGCUUCCGGGGCUGUUACACCUGGAGAAACAUUCCCACUCCCCUUUGGCCUCCCUGUACUCCGAGCUGUGAAUAUUUUUAACCCUGUAAAUACGGCCAGCUCUUGUGACACAGAGACUAUUUUAUCAACCGUCAGCACCGUUCCUUUACGAUAGGAUUCUCCACAGUGGCUUCCGACUCAGGCUCCAAUGGACCAAAUAAAAGCGUUUUGUUUUGUAA